CUUUGGCCCAAAUUCACCUUGAAUCAGGCUUCCAUCUCUCUAUAAAAGUCUUGAUUUCAAAUUUCACACUAAAAUUAGAAAAUCAUCACCAUAGCCAAAACCACAUUUUACACGAAAAUUUCUUAAAACAAUGAAAUCAAUAAAUUCCAGAAUUUCCCAUUCUUUAUCUUUGUUUCACAAAAACAGAGCAAUAUUCGCUUCUUGGUUUUCUUCCCAAACCCAAAUUCAUAAACAUUCCCCUCGGAAAACAUUUUUCAAACCAAACACCAAAGACAACCUAAUAAACCAAUUACAUAAUUUAUGCAACCAGAAACGCUUAAAAGAAGCUAUUCAAAUCCUCAAUCAAAUCGAAAAACCCCCAGCUUCUCUCUACUCCACUCUUAUCCAGCUUUGCUGCCAAAACAGAGCUCUUAACGAGGGCAAAUCAGUUCACCAACAUAUAAAAAUUUCUGGGUUUUCAGCCGGCCUAGUUAUUUGUAACCGUCUUUUGGAUAUGUACGCCAAGUGCGGGAGUUUGGCAGAUGCCCAGAAUGUUUUCGAUGAAAUGAGUGAAAGGGAUUUGUGUUCUUGGAACACUUUGAUGUCUGGGUAUGCUAAAAUGGGAAUGCUUAAAGAAGCAAAUAAGUUGUUUGAUGAAAUGCCUGAAAGAGAUAAUUUCUCGUGGACCGCGAUGAUUUCGGGUUAUGUUCGUUUUGAUAGGCCUAAAGAAGCUUUAGAGCUUUACAGAAUGAGGGAAAUGAGCAUGGUUUCUAAGUUGAAUAAAUUUACUGUGUCUAGCGCGAUAGCUGCUUCUGCUGCUAUGGGGUGUUUAACUACAGGGAAGGAGAUUCAUGGUCGUAUAACGCGAGCUGGGUUGGAUUUAGAUGAGGUUGUUUGGAGUGCUUUGAUGGAUAUGUAUGGGAAAUGUGGGAGUAUAGAGGAAGCAAGGCGGGUUUUUGAUAAGAUCGUGGAUAGAGAUAUUGUGUCUUGGACUGCAAUGAUUGAUAGGUAUUUUGAGGAUGGGAGGUGGGAAGAAGGGUUUGAAUUGUUUUCGGAAUUGAUGAAAUCGGGGAUAAGACCUAAUGAGUUUACGUUUGCUGGGGUUUUGAAUGCGUGUGCUGAUCAUGCUGCAGAGGAAAUAGGGAAGCAGGUUCAUGGAUGCAUGACAAGGCUUGGGUUUAAUCCUUUUUCUUUUGCUGCUAGUGCUCUUGUUCACAUGUACUCCAAGUGUGGAAAUGUUGAGAAUGCCAAAAGGGUGUUUAAUGGGAUGCCUCUGCCUGAUCUAGUUUCAUGGACUUCUUUGAUCACUGGUUAUGCUCAGAAUGGUCAGCCUGAAGAGGCUUUGGAGUACUUCGAGUUGUUACUAAAAUCUGGAACCAAACCUGAUCACAUUACUUUUGUUGGGGUUCUUUCUGCUUGUACACAUGCUGGAUUGGUUGAUAAAGGGCUAGAAUAUUUCCACUCAAUAAAGGACAGACAUGGAUUAACCCAUACUGCUGAUCAUUAUGCUUGUAUAAUUGAUUUAUUAGCCCGCUCCAGCCGAUUUCAGGAAGCUGAGAAUAUCAUCGUUAAGAUGCCUAAGAAACCAGAUAAGUUUUUGUGGGCUUCCUUACUUGGUGGUUGUAGAAUUCAUGGAAACCUUGAAUUGGCAGAAAAAGCAGCUGAAGCAUUGUUUGAGAUAGAGCCUGAAAAUCCAGCGACCUAUGUUACUAUGGCCAACAUAUAUGCCACUGCUGGAAGGUGGGAUGAAGUAGCAAAAAUCAGAAAGAAAAUGGAUGACAAAGGAGUGGUAAAGAAACCAGGUUUGAGCUGGAUUGAGGUCAAGAGAGAGCUACAUGUUUUCUUGGUGGGAGAUACUACUCACCCAAAAUCCAAGGAAAUAAAUGAGUUCUUAGUUAAACUUUCAAAGCGAAUGAGGGAAGAAGGAUAUGUCCCUAACACCAAUUUUGUGCUGCAUGAUGUGGAGGAGGAGCAGAAGGAGCAAAACCUCUCAUACCACAGUGAGAAGUUAGCGGUUGCGUUUGGAAUUAUUGCUACUCCUCCAGGAACACCAAUCAAGGUUUUCAAGAAUUUGAGAACAUGUGUAGAUUGCCAUAAUGCCAUUAAAUAUAUUUCAAAGAUUGUUGACAGAAAAAUAACUGUAAGGGAUUCAAAUCGGUUCCAUUGCUUUGAGGAUGGGAACUGUUCUUGUAGAGACUAUUGGUGAUUUAGACAAAAACUUCAUUAGACAAUUUUCUCCAGGCCUAAAAUGCUGCAGCCUUUCAACUCAAUUUUUGACUGUAGGAAGGCCAUUGUUUAUACAAUAGUAGAAAAUAAUAAGUUAUGGCAUAUUGAAACUGAU